UAGAUUCUAAUUGUAUUUAGGUCGUUUGUCUUAUACGAAGUUAUUUUUGUUGUCUCUCUGUCAAUUUUCUUAAGCUCAUUUGAAAUAUUCUGCAAUAAAAUUGCUUACAUUUAGCAUAUAAACAAUGGAUAGGAAUGUUUUUAGAAAUUUAUGUUUUGGUAUAUAUUAAGAGCCGGAAUAUGCAAACCUAGUUCUUAUGCAUGAAUAUUUGAGACAAGCAAUAACCCCUUUGCCUUCAUUACCCCUCAUUAAGUGCAGUCCAUUGGCCACGGCGGCAUUUGCCGUUCGUCCUUUGCGCACGCGUCGUAUUCGCCGAUGAGCGGAAUAAAAUGGGGCGGCAGCUGAUACUCGGGCAUCAGUUCGCAUUGAGGUACGGCCGAGAUGAAGUCGCUAGCGUUAUUGGCUUUUGUUUUCUGGCUGCUCUGUUCCUGUGUCCUGGCUGCCGAAAGCAGUGUAGCCACAGGCAAGGAUGCGUGGCUGCGUCCCGGCUGUCAUAAGGUGGGCAACACGCGUAAGAUCUCCAUACCAGAUUGCGUAGAGUUUACGAUUACAACGAAUGCUUGUCGCGGCUUUUGCGAAUCCUAUGCGGUGCCUUCGAUAACAUCUGUGUUGGCUGGCGUCUUUCGACCACCCAAGCCAGUCGUAUCCGUGGGUCAGUGCUGCAAUAUGAUGAAAUCCGAAGAGAUACAACGUCGUGUGCUUUGCAUUGAGGGUAUACGCAAUGUGACCUUUAAGAGCGCCGUCUCCUGCAGCUGCUAUCACUGCAAGAAGGACUAGGACAAAGUACUAUCAGACAUGCUA